GUUAAUGCCUUCCAAAGUUUCAGUGCUCUGGAAAUACUCGAGCUGUCACACAACAAUCUGACUUACAACAGCUUGCCCUGUGGAUCCCUGAACAAAACAACAUUGAGACACUUGAAUAUAGCCCGCAAUCAACUUACACAUGCCCCACCCUGUCUACCCACAGCUCUCGAAUUUCUUGAUUUGAGCAAGAACGUCAUUCAGCAGAUUGAUUUUUCAGAGUUUGUGGAUCUUCACAACUUAAAAGUUUUGCUUUUAAGUCAUAAUAACAUCUCAAAAUUUGGCUCUUCAGGGACAGUGCUCCCACACCUUGUUUCACUGGACCUCAGCUAUAAUAACUUUACAAGGUUACAAUGGAAAUUUCAAGGGCCUAAUCUCACCAUGCUAAGACUUGAAGGAAAUCCUUUGCAAGAGAUCAGCCCAUAUGAAUUCAGUCCUUUCCCCAAGCUACAUUAUCUAAACCUGUCCUCAACAUCUUUGGAAUCAUGCAGUUACAAAGCAUUUGCCUCUGAAACAGAAAACAUCAAAGCACUUGAUCUGAGUGGAAACCUUUUCAAAACCUUUGACCCACAGUGCUUUGAAGGAUUAAGCAAUCUGCAGAUCCUUUGGAUGAGGAGGAUGCCCUUUCUUCAGUCUCUGCCUGUUGAUCUAUUUCUCUACACUUCAAAUCUUAUUCAUGUGAACUUGGAAGAAAAUUCACAGCUACACUUUGUGAAAAGUAGCAUGUUUGAACAACUCCUCCAUCUGCAGACACUUUCUCUCAAAAGUUGCAAUCUAACAGAAUUCAGACCCUGGAAAUUCUUCACCAAUUCAACCAUCACAAUAACCCUUUCUGGAAACCAACUGGUUUGUAGCUGCGGGCUCGCCUGGCUGAUUAAGGAACCAGAAAAGACAUUACUGAACAGAGCAAAUGAUACCAGAUGUGAAAAGUAUGGUCCUCAAAGACAGAUUUUAUUGGCAGACUUCAUUGAUGAAUGUGAUAGAAAUGGAAACUCCAUGGAAGAAUUCCAAUCGGAUACCAGAGCAGUACAAAAUCAACAGGUGGCGCACACAGCAGCAGUAUAUCACAAUCCUUCUGGGAUCAAUGUCAAGACAAGCAGAAAAUUACCAAUACAAAGUUCAAAUGAGUUUCAAUUCAGCAUCACAUCUUUCACAAAGAGUACUAACCUGCUGAAUACAUUACUACUCCUUAACACGUCUUCUGAUCCACACUCUGGUAUUCCACAAACUAAAGAAGGCACUACACAAAAUGAUCAAACUUGGAAUAAACUCAAGGGUAUUUACUCAAGGGUAAAGACUUCAAUAACACUGCCCAUCACAACCAGAGAUCAAAUGGCAUCUGAACUUUACCCAACAACCACCAGAGAUCAUACAGAGACUGGUCCUUACACAAUGAACAACAGAGGGCAAACAGAGACUGGAACUUACCCAACAACCAUCAGAAAUAAAAUUGUGACCAAACCUUACCCACUGACAACAGUCAGAAGUCAAACCAGAACCGAACUCAACCCAAAAAUCAGAGAUCAAAUUAGGUCUGAACCCUUUCCUACCAAAGAAAAAAUGGCAUCUGAACCUUACCCAACAACCAGGUAUCAAACAGUAACCAAACCUUACUCACUGACAUUCAGAGAUCAAAUGGUGAUCAAGCCUUACCCAACAACCAGAGAUCAAACUGGGACCGAACCUCACACACCAACAACCAGAGAUCAAAUUGGGACCAAACUUCACCCAUCAACAACCAGAGAACAAAUUGGGACGGAACCUCACCCACUGACAGCCAAAGAUCAGACUGGAAUCAAAUCUUACGCAUCAACAAUCAGAGAUCAAACCGAGACCAAACCUCACCUACCGACAACCAGAGAACAAACUGGGACCGAACCUCACCCACCAACAACCAGAGGACAAACUGGGACCGAACCUCACCCACCGACAACCGUAGAACAAACUGGGACCAAACCUCACCCACCGACAACUGGAGAACAAACUGGGAUCAAAUCUUACCCAUUGACAACCAGAGAUGAUACUGGGACCAAGCCUUACCUGACAUUCACAAACCAAACUGGGACUGUAUCUAACCUGAUAACUACCAGUGAUCAAAGUAGCAAUGGAUAUUACCCAAAGUUUACCAGAGCGCAUUCCGACACUGAACAUUAUUCAACAGUAACACUGCAGACAACAGCAUUACCAGAACUCUCCUCAAUCUCCACCACCAAAAGGAAGGGGCCAGUAUUUAUACUCAUUGAAGAUGAUGAUAUAGACUCAUUGGAAAAAGAAGAAAUCACAAGCCCUACCCCUGGUGACUGUAAUUAUGACCCAUGUAGACACUGGCAGGUACCUUGUCAUGACUUGCAACAUUUGACAGGUUGUCAUUGCCCUGUCAUAGCUGGGGAAGAUGUCAUCCCAGAUCCAGUGAAGAUACAAAAGGUUAUUAAGAUUUCAGACAAUUCAGCAGAAAUCUACUGGUGUGCCCCUAGCUCUACAGUAAUGUAUUACUAUAUUAUUUAUCAAUCUGAUGACAACAGACGUUUGUACAAGACAGACACCAUCAAACCUACAUAUCGAAGAUAUACUUUACGCGAUCUUACUGCAGACAGCACGUAUCACACGUGUGUGGUGGCUGUGAAUAAAGCAGGAUCAAGUACCGCAAGCAGCAUCUGGCCUUCAAAAGGGCCAUGCUACAUUUUCAAGACUAAACCAAACUACAAUAAUAUAUUUUAUAUAGCCUCUACUGUCAUUAUUGUCAUUCUCUUCAUACUUGUAAUCAUACUAUCAUUUCUCUUAUGCAAAAUCCAUCACAAGGGACAAUUAACAAAUUUAUCACGCAUAAGCUUGGAUCCCCUUAGUUUGCAAAAUCCAGCGUUUGAUGACCAAAUGGAACUGGCAGAUCCAAGAACAGUUCACACAAGAAGUCCAGACUCUGAACAGAUUCUCUAAUUCUAAAACUUAAAACCACUCCAAGGAAAACCUGCCUGAAAUUAACAAUGUAACCACUUAUAGUAACAUUUUGGAAUUUUCUACACCUUAUCAACUGCAUGAUUCUUUCGCAAUCAUUCAAACUACUGUUUAUAAAAGGAUGGUUUUAGAAAGUGUACAAGCUACAGACUUUCAAACAAUCAUUUAUUCUUGUUGAAGGAAUUAAAUACAUAUACAUGAAAUGAAAUAAAACAUUUCCUGUAUUUACUUCUUUAGAGAA